AUGGAGGACUGUUGUUUUCCACUCAAGAAACCAGGUAUCCAGGGUGCAGCAUGCAAUGAAAAGGGGGUGGAUAGGGGUGAGGGCAGUCACCAAGUGAAAUUGUCUAGCACCCCUGAGUGUGCACUCGUGAUUGAGGGCCACACAGUCCCCUACCACAAAUGUGAGCAGAUGAAGCACGAGCAACUGCCUUUAACCACGUAUCUAGUGGAGAUGUGGCUGUGGGCAUGUUGGCAAACGCCUAUGGAUUCUGUGUUUGUACAUUGUUCACAGCUCGGUGGGUUCCCUUUCCCUGCGUUGUGUGUGGGGAGAGGGCGAGGAGCAAUUGCAAUCUUGGCACCUUUAUGCUGUAUCAACAAGAAUUGUGGUAUUUUAUCAGCACUUGAUCACUUGGCCAUUAUUAAAUGGUGGUGCGAUUGCCACUUGGUGUUGCCUUGCAGCAAGAGUAUCUGUUCAUUCCAGGUAGAUGUAUGGUAA